UAAACAAGCUGCGGCACAUCCUCCAAGCAGAUCAACUGCUCCUCAAGUACAACAGGCAAUAGCAGCUCUUACUCAAGCCUCCGAUGAAGAGAAUGCGCACAGAUAUGACGAGAAUGGCUUAUCUUGAAGUAAUCAUAUUUUUAUGUUCAAUGGUUACUUUUAUGCCUAGCAACUGUGAAACAGAGUCAGAAAAUAGCAAUAAAAGAGCAAGUUUGCCGAAGUUCCUAUCCGAAUUGGAUGUUUCGAGCGUAGAGGCGUCUGUAGAGAGCGAUGAAUCCCUGAAGAAGAUUGUCAAAAGACUAGCACCGGAGAAGAAUGGCGUGACAGGUCAGCCUGGAGUAGAUUUCCCGGCUCUCACCACAAUUCCGGUCACAUCGUUCAGCUGUCGCGGCCUGAAAGGUGGUUACUACGCUGACUUGGAGACAAAUUGUCAAGUGUUUCACAUCUGCGACAACGGUCGCAAAAUAUCGUUCCUUUGUCCAAACGGUACCAUCUUUCAACAGUCGCAGUUGAUUUGCGAUUGGUGGUUCAAGGUGGACUGCAGUAAAUCUACGGAGUUGUACGAACAAAGCAGCGAAGAACUGGAAGAGGAACGGCGUCGAGCCGAAUCGCGAAAGCCAAAAUUGGAUUACCAACAAUCGAUCGAGAACGGUGGCCAACAGGAUUAUUACGACGUUCAGAAUCUCAACUACGACGGCAGACAAAAUGGGAGGAUUAAAACGUACGAGCAGCCACCGGAGAACCACGUGCAGUCGAACAGAGAGAGGAUCAAACAAUCUCGACACUUCGACACCGGCAAUAAUUUCCACCAAGAAUCCAAUGUUCCGAGGGACAGUAAUCUAUUUGGUGCCAAUGGGUUCCAAUCUGGUCAGGCUUCGAAGUUCAAUCAGUUCGCAAGAAAUACCGAGGAAGGGAACGUUAAUAGGUACUCGACGACGAGCCAGAACUAUUACAGCACCCCGAAGAAGGCUCAGAAUUAUCACGUUACCAGCAGGAAUUCGAAUAACCAAGAGAAAGGAGCUUUGAAGAGAUUGAAAUUCAAGAGUUCAACGAGGAGCAACUCGGUCCCUACAGUUUCACAGAGGGUCACACCAGCGUACACGGAGUCAACCACCUUUCGUGCAGGUAAUACUACGCCCAUAAAGGAGUCUCAGCAGGUGGCGGAGAGUGCAGCUUUCGUUGGCAAUCGUGCAAAUCGCUUCGACGAAAAUUCUGGCAACUCCCAUCAGUAUUACUACCAAUUGUACGUCAAUCGCGAUUCUAGUACGCGAAAUUACGACUCCACGACCUGGCGACAGGAGAACGAUAUUUCGACGCAGAGAGAGUUCCUACCACUUGUAACAACCACGGUUCCUUACGAAACGACUCAGUACAGUACUGUAGCCCCAUGCAACGACGAAGUCACCUCGGAAAUAACUGUGGCAACGAGUCCACCCACGUUCCCCGACACCCCACCAACUACGGAGCCGUUCCCUAAUAGUAAUUAUGAUUAUCGAUCGAGCCAGGGCACCACCGUCCGCAGCACCUUCGUGAAUUAUUACGCCAGCGAUAACAAUAACGAUAGGACUGAUGCGAGUAACUCGGGAACGCCUUCAACCACUCGUUCGUACGCAAUCGUUGAUAACUAUCGCCGAAACACUGAAACUCCUAGUUCUGUGUACUUGAAGUUCACCACACCGGUUCAGAGUUCUGGGCGAAGUACCGAGAGUCCCGUGACAGGAACCGUGGAUAGUCAGUAUAAUAAAUUCGAGGCUAAACCUUCUAGCAAGAAUCCAUCCACGAUUUCGCCAGGGUAUCGACAGAACUUCAUCAGCAGCACCACGGAGAAGCCCUCCAGGACUACGGUGUUUUAUCAACCGACCAUGACGGAAAGGGAUUUGAGUCCUUAUGAUAGGAGCUUCACGUACAAGCAGGGCAAGGUUAUGUCCACGUUAGGUCCAUAUGUACCUUUCACCAGGAAUUAUUAUUCUAAUUCGACUACCUCGAAGCCUACUCCGUACACUCCGACGGUGCCUACGUACACCUCUGCUAAGACCCUCAUACCGAAGCUGAAGUAUCCUACUCCGACCACCUUGAGCAAGCUUAAAAACAACAGAUUGUCGGAGAGGGAGCACGCGUUGAGUAUGCUGCACUCUUUGAGGAACCUGGAACAUAAGGUUCCGAGUCUGUCGGAUGGCUUGAAGGUUGAGGAAAGGCGAUCAAACGCGUCCGCUCCUCCGGCUCCGUCCACGUUGCACUCUCUGGCUCUGUAUUUCUCCACGGUUACCGAAAACUUCGAGUCCAACGAGACCACGGAUUCGUCGAUCAACUUCGAAGCUGAAGAGGAUGUAGAAAAAUCGGUGAUCACGAAGAAGAGUAACGGAACCGUGCAGGUACCUGCUGGUCUACUGACUGAACAUACCGUUAACUCGUACGUCGAGUUGUUUAAGCUAAACGACUCUUCUGACAUCAAUAACUUGACGACUGAGGAUCGUUCGGAUAACACUAGUUAUAGCGAAGAUUAUAACGAUGAUUUAGAACUGCAGCAAAGUGGAGGAUCUCUGGAUGAGCUGCGGAAGUCCAACAGCACCAAACUUCGAGAGCUAGCGCAGGUGUUCACUCAUGCCUUGUCCGCGUACUUGCUGGACCCAGAUUCGUUUAAGAGAGUGCUGACUGAGAUUAGACCCACUGAGCCACCUACGACCACUGAACAAUGGCGGACGACUACUGCGUACUCCGAUGCAGAGGAUUAUACUUCUUCGAUCAAAGAGAAGGACGAGGUGCUGGAGUUUUCUGACGAUAACGACAUCAGACAGAAGUUGACGACAGAUUACUCGACCACCUUUGAACCUUCUACGACAAUUAAGGAUAACGUAGAGAGCUUUAGCACCUUGCCGAGUACUUAUUAUACCACUCCUAGGACGUCAUUUCAAGAUGUGUACGAACCUAGCACGAAUGUGGUGACCAACUCUGCGACCAGCGUUUAUUUUGACACGUCUGCGCCUCCGACGGAGGAUACCUUCACUGCGGAUCACCCUAGCACUUCUUACGCCACCGACACGAGCUUUCAUAGUCAGAAGAUCGGCAAAAAUGUUGGGGAACUCGUCACGGACAACUAUGUUCCUUCGGAUGAAACUCGGAAUAGAGUCGGAGGUUUUCAGAAUAAUAGCGCUUCGAUUAUCACAGAACCAUAUGGAGAUAAGCCUUUCGUUACCACGCCCAUAAAUGACAAUCACCUUGUUUCACCUACACCUUCUGCGCCAUCGGUGUUUCUACACAUGGUUACACAUAAUUGGAAACAGAAGUCCACCAGCAAGAAACCUGAGCAGCAGCUGACUCCUCCGUACUUCGAAACGCACGCGGAGACUGUUCGUAGGGACAGUGAGAGAAUUGUUUCGAAGCCUGAAAAUUAUGGUAGCACGGUGACUGUUCGAUCGAGUACUACAAGUAGAACUACGGACUCGAGUACGAUUACAGAUUCUAGAACUACGGAUCCAGAUAGAAUUACAGAUUCUAGAACUACGGAACCAAGUAGGAUUACAGAUUCUAAAACUACGGAUCCAAGGGCUCACAGACCCUCACAUCACAAAUCCUUGUUACCCGAAUCAAAACCUGUUCCUGCUUCGAGUUUCACAAAAUUCAGAGACCUUUAUAAUCGCGUGGAGGACCACACCGAGACCACAGAGAGGCCUCUGUCCACAACCAGGGUGCCAGAGUACACAACGACCUACACCGACACCACACCUUGUUCAAACGACUACACCGAGUCUACGAACACAAACGAAGAGUCGAAAUUGAACGACGAUCAUUGGACAUCUUCCCCCGCAGUCACCCGUCUUUGGGAGACCUCAGUGUUCGUGGAUCCUCAACGGAUCAACCACGGGUUAGAGUCGGAUCUGGGCACGACCACUUUAGCGGACAGUUCUACGGAGAACCAGGAUCAGUUGGACUACACGAACAUGUCUCUUCAGGAAGAGGUGUCAGACAGUUCAGAGGAAUUCUUGGAGGAUCUACCUUUGACGCAGCGGCUGUCUAGGGACAGGGAUUCACCUACGACCUUCUCCCUGUUUCCGACGACCUUCACGACGGAGACGGUGACUCCUAGGCCAUUGACCACUCGACCGAGUAUCACCACCAUCGCAUCUACCAAAUCUUUACCUAACAGUCUGCUGACCUCCACGGUGUCUGUCACUCCCAUCGGCCUGUCAAACUUAGACAAAUCCAACGGAACCGAAAGCGAGAUCGCUGAGAAGUUGUUUGGUAAAUUAAACGUCUCCAGCACGAAUACCCUGAUGAGGGUGAUGAAGCAAGCCGACAGCAACGAGACUGUCAGACAGCUGGUGCUGCUGUUGGUGCAGCACUGCAGCGACCUCGCGAACCAGACGAUGCAACGGGAGAAGGAGGAGCUGCUGAAGACGUUGUUGGAGCUACCUGUGAACGAGUUCUCCUCAGAGGAGUCGAAGAACAUCGUGGCUGGCAUCAACCAGCUGAGCUUACCUGCUAGGUCGAAUCAGGUGAGGAGCGCUUCCACUACCGCGGUUGUGACCGAUCCUCCGGUGACCACGUACAGAAGUAGGAAGAGUCGCAAAUUUCGAACGACCACGGAACAUUCGGCGAACUUCGUGAGGCGAGCGGAAAAAGGAACGACAAACAACUCGUUGCUGGAGGACGAAACCACGGUGUCGGAUAACAGGGCGCUGGAACUUCUUCGAUCGUUGUACACGAUAGCCACGAAAUGGGGCUGAAUUUAGGGAACGUGGAGAAUGUGUUGAGUAGGGAUGGGGGCAAGUCUCUUUCGAAACUUAUGUUGUUUGUCCAAGAUCGAUUGGAUCGGAGUCUUUGUUUGUAAAUUAAUAAUUGCAUAGUAGGGUGAAUUGUUAAUAUUUAUGAUUUGAAUUGGUUUUUGAGAUCGUUGUUUCAUUGUAAAAUUUUGUGAGGUAGAAUUAUACGAAUUUUUUAAUCAGUGGGGAUUAGUUUGUGGGUCCACUGAGAAGUUUUACUGAGGAAUUCGAAUUCUGAGGACUCCAAGUGCGGAGUAUUUCUAAAAUAUUACAAAAGACUUUGAACAACUGAUUGAUAGUGGACAAUGUUUAAGUGUACCAAAUUAAAAAUUAACACGUGCGCUACCAGCUUGAUUUAAUUUGAAAUUUCUUUGUUCUAGGUGCUUUCAAAUAUUUUACUAUGAAAAUGGAUCUACUAGUACCGAACGUGUUAAUCCUGUCUUCCGUGCAGUAUGUUCGGUUCAGGGACGAAACGUAAUAAAAAGUUUGCAAUAAAUUUUAUAGCAGUCGAUUUAAUAAAAGGAUUACAAUUAAAAGAUGAUACAAUAAUUCUCGUAGAUGAUCCAAUCAUUUUAGAAAGUUUGAAAAUAUUGUCUAUAACAAAACCACGCAUACUGCACAAUCGACGCACGAUUUAGAUCAUUAAUUAUCCGGUUAAUUCAAAUCGAUUGAAUAACUCAAUUGAACGGUACGAAACUAGAUGAUCGUUCACGCGGGUGAUGGGAACGUAAUUAAAUAAAAAUACUUUGAAUUUCACUUCACGAGCACGAAACCUUUCAGCUUCUAUGCACAAAGUGACGAAACGACUGCCGAUUAAUUUCAUUUGGAUCACGCACGAUCGCGGAUUAAUCGUGAAUCUGUGUGACGUAUGCGGAUAAUGAAAUUCUUUGGAAUUCCUUCGUUAGAGUGUAAAUUAUAAUUGUAUGUACUUAUAAUUGCACCCGUUUGUAACAGUAUUAUAUUCCCUAUUUACGUACAAGCAUACUUGUAUUAUAAUUGUUGUACAUCGUUCGUUGAAUAAAUUAGGAUUUCGAUGUUUAGAUUAAAUAAAUUAUCUCUGGAGGAGAUAUAAAGCAUACAGCGUGUCUCACAAC